AUGUGGGACGAAGGUCUCACUUCUGCUCCUAGCGUCCGCUAUGAGGGCAAGAAGGGCCCGCGAGUCCCAGGAGCAGACUACAAUGUGACUAUCACAGGUCGCUCAGCGCAGCGCCCUCACGCAACCUCGCAGUCACAAGAGGAGCGUGCCAACUGCUUGGCUAGGAAAGCUGCCUACAGGGCUUCGUUGCGAUCAAGGCUCAAGAAUGCACAACGGUCGAGAAUGAAAACACAGGCUGCAGCAAUCGCCUCUGCAUCUCGGACUUCCGAGACUCAUCAUCAAAGGCUUCUUCGUAACGUAAGAAACGCUGCUGCCACUGCGAAAUCAAAGGCAAUAGAGACACUUGGCCGCAGGCGCGCCCGUCAAUCUAGGGACGCUGCUGCAACAGUGUGCUCUAGGGCUGCUGAGACACCGCUCCGUUGGUGUGUUCGAAAUGCUAGAAAUACUACCAUCACUGCCAGUCGAGGGAAGCUGAAACAUUUGACCGCAGGCGCGCUCGUCAAUACAGGGACGCUGCUGCAACAGCUAAGUUCAGGGAGUCCGAGACAGAGCUGCAACUCGCAAUGCCCGCAACGCUGCCAGAAACUCCAAGGGCCCAAAGACAAGGGCAAACAGACUUUCAAGGGCUGCUACAAACAUGGCCGUUGUGCGCUUAUCUCAAACUCCCCAAGCUCGCCGCAUACGCCUCGACGGCGACAUUCAGCGCCUUGCGGCCGCUCGUGGUAUUACCUGUCCCAUCAUCUCUUUUGGUCUUUCUUGGCUUUCAAUUACGACCCCGGCAUUAAUGUAGGGUCCAUGACCCGCGUUUGCUAA